UGUGGGCAGCCAUGAUUGUCAAUCAGCAGAAGUGAAUACUAGAAAUUGGCAGGCUCCAGGCAACGACUGUGGCCGCACGUUGGUCUGGAAAAGUUGGCGCGGCAGUGUGCGCUGCGGCCUCGUUGUGGGAAGGUUGGGUGGCGGCGCUCAACUGAUUCCAGUCCCUCCAUUCCCCCUCUUCUGCCUCCCUACUUGUCCGUUGACUCUCCUUCCUCUGUUCGGACAUUUUCAUCGGUACAGCGACCCACAAAUACCAGGCGCGACAAAAAAAAAAAAAAAAAGUCCUUCAGCGAGCUUCAUUUUCCAAUGUCAGUCAUCAGUACAUUAUCUGAGAAAUGUGAGAACAAAUGUGCUUAGAACGGCAGGGGCUGUCGAUAGAAAACUCCCAUCCCGUCAGAAUCUCCACAGGCACGAGGUAGCGUCGCUCCGUAUUGUUUUACCGCUGCUACUGCUGCCUUGACCACCAACCGCACCUUACAGUGUGAGCAUGGUGUGUGAAUCCGACCUCAUGACUCCUAGAGGUCGGUGGUCUGCGCGUCAGUAAAGUUAUCCUCUCCCUGGUGAACCGGCUGCCUCGCAUCCUGGGCACAUCUGCUUUACACCAAUUGCUGCAGGAAUCUCAGCCUUCUUCGAGGUGGUGGGAGCAGACAUCACCCUUAAGAGGUCGGCUGCCAGGUUAAUUAAUUAGUGCUGUAGGACGUCAAAACAGCCGGGGGACAUUUUCGUAUUCAAAGGAUAUGACCACGGGAAGUGAUUAGUAGCAGUGAUCCUCUCGCUGCAAUGACGCAAAUGAAGUGAGGAAUACAACAUCGAAAAAAAGAGCCCGGAGGGAAUGGCGGCAGCGGCGGCGGCGGUGUUGGUGACGCUCGUCUUGUCCCUCACCUCCCUCGCUCUCGCAGACGGUGGCGGGGACGGGGACGACAACGACUCAGCUUCAUCGCGGUUGGAAGUUCAGCAGCUGUCUGGAGAAGCUGAUUUUCGCUCCAUUAAGCUCCACUGGCAAUACGAGGGCGAUCCUGAUGAGAUUCGCCUCUUCUCCAUCAAGUACUGCGAGAGCCAGCUGUGGGGAAAGUACCGCUGCAGGAACAAGCUGCUGCAGGAACGGGAGGCGCGCCGCAUGAAGCACCCAGGCGCCAGGCAGCAGGAGUUCGAGGUGGAGGUGAAGGGACUGCGCAUGGCCACAAAUUACACGAUAGAGGUGACGCCCGUGCUGCGUGGCGACACUCUGGCUGAGGCACCUCCGAUGGGCAGCGAGGUGGCCGUCAGAACCAAGGGGUUCUCGGCGCGCGCCACCCAAUGUCUCGCCAACUCCAGUGUGGUGGAGGUGGAAACGGGACCCAACUUCGGAGGCAAGAUCUCAGUGGAAGGCAGCGAUGAUCCCAGAUGCUGGACGCAGGGGCGGCGGGACUUGGGCCAGACCACGUACCUGCUCACCAUCGACCAUGACUUGUGCGGCAGUGAGGUGCACAACACGUCAGUCACAAGCUUCAUCAUCGUCCAAGAAAAUCUGCCCAUCCUCACCCACUCUACACGCAGGUUCCUGGUGAAAUGCAACUACAUCCCUGAGACCUUCACCGUCAGGGCUGGCGUGAGUCUGCCCAACGAGGACGAUGAGGAAGAGGAGGAGGAGCUCUUUCCCGUGGACCAGGCCAUCUUCGAGCUCGACCCUUCAGAGCUGUUCGACUCCGCCAACAACAUCUUUGACUCGAGGCUUUCAGAGGACAUUGGCAAGGCUCUCAAAAUGUCUGCCGAGGAAGUGAACAAAGAGCCGCAGAUGUUAGCCCACUUGGUGAUGAUGGUGAUCCUGGUGAUGGCGGCGGUGGUGGGCCUCUCCUGCGCCGCCUGGCACUUCUUCCGCCAUUCGAGGGCACAGAACCGUCAAGGUUUCAUGUCACCGCAGGAGGAACCCCGCAUGGUCCAAGAGAAUGAAUCGCUGGAGGCUGUGGUGCGAGACUUCGGGCGUGGCGAGGCGUCCCAGGAGCAUAUCGGUCAGCCCGUCGCCCUGGUCAGUGUGCGAACCGUCAGGGAGGAGACAGAGGCAUGAUAGCGUCUUGUCGGGCGCAUAAGAAACGGUGGUUCAGUUAGCGAAGCCAUGUUAGGAACCUUUUCUUCUUUGCCUUCAUGCGGCGGUGUUGUAUCAACUCUCCAGGGCUUCCUUGGUGUUGUGUGCUUUCUGAUGGCUAUUCUGGGAGCGGAGCUUGGGUGUUCGUCUCAUUCGUGGCUUCUGUGGAAUGAAUUCAAGAUGCGCCAAUUCAAACGAUCUUAUUCUUCGCUCGUGACGUCACAAUGCUGUCUGCGUAAGUGUCACGUCUCUUGCCUUUACAACAAAUAAGUUAUUUUUUCAAUCAAUACACUGCAGAAAACUAGUGUCUAAGGUGGUCGCAAAAAGUACGUGAGAGGUGUCCUUAGUUCCCAUGAGUGAUGAAAUCUAUAUGUUUAAGAUAUUUCCACUCAUAUUUCCAAUUGAUAUUUCCCUAAGAUGAUUUUCGAAUAUCAAUAUAAAAAUGAUAGUUAUAACUUCGAAGUAUUAACCCUUUGUGGUGCAGCAACAGACGGCAUAAUCUGUUUGUAGCAACGUUUGAGUAGCACCAACAGGACUGGCGGAACAAAUCUCCAGUGGUACGUGACCACAAUCACCAAUGUGUUUAUGAAGGCCAUUUAUUUGUUCUCAUUAUUUUCAUGAAGAGUUAAUACCUUGAUGUUGUCUUUGUAGUAAUUUCUUAGAUCAUCUUCAGGCAGGACUACUUGAUAAGCAUCGCCAUUGCCGCGCCUAGAGGGGAGGGAGGCGGGAUGGGGCUUAUGGAUCGGCUUACCCUGCAGACUCUAGGCUAAUGUUCAACAAAGGUUUAGCUGUUCAAAGAAAACUUAUAUUCUAUAUCUGUAUAACAACACGCACAUGAAAGUACUUUAUGGACUGUUUCAAGAUACGUGCCUUGUUAUAUCAUCACCUGAGGCACUUGAGUAGGGCGUUGGUAAUGCACUGCAAUAGUAAAAAUCUUGUGUUUGCUGCCAUAGCAGGAUAUAAAAGGAAUGCUGGCCCAAUCAAAGACAUCUUAAGAGUAUUGGGUGAAUUAUCCUCCAACCAGAAGUCCAGUAGUUAGGGUGGAAAGUUUGGAUGAAUCGAUGGCCUGUGCUCAAGUGUCUCCUGUCUUAACUUUAUACAUAUCAACUGCCAUCCAUCCUUCUCAUCCACGGCUAUGCAGCUGCUCAGAAGUUUACAUGUAAUGCUGUAUACAAUGAUAUUACUGUGUGAGAAAAAAAUAAGUGAAAGUGAACAAAUGAAAAGGAGUAAACUAUGUCAUAAUUGCUCGAUUUCGAAGGUUUGGAAGGCUCUUGUGAAACGCUCCUAUGCGCGUGUUACCCUUGAAAGUUAGAAUGAAAAUUUUCAGACUCUCGGCUUCCUCAUGACACUCAGGGGUUUCAUGUGUCACUGGAGUUCCCGAGAGUCUCGAUUUUCGGUGACUUGCUUGUUUUCCAGCCAUCGUGGACCUCCUGGGCUCUGCAGUAACAAGGUGUUUUAAAGAUUAUUGACUGUUUACCAUCCGCCGACCCUACUUGAUUUAAUGACAUGUUUGAGACUCACUUUGAUAUCUUUUCUCUCUUUCUCCUUUUCGAUGGGCUGAUUAUUGCGUCAGAAUAUGAAUAACACAAUGACAAUGAAUACGAGGAACUUAACGAGAAAAUAAUGUUUUCCUCUUUAUUUUUUUCCAUUUGUUUUGCCUCGCUGGUUUUCAUCACACCAUGUAUGCACAUAUUUCUUUUCGCUGACUCGUUCCUAGUGAAAUCUCUAAUAUUGUGAUAUUCUCCGCUUGUAGAACAACUGAACGCGUGCCGGAGAUUACUUAUUAGGGCUCAGGAUUCGUGUCGUGAAGUGACUUGUUUGGAACUGCUGCAGCUUUCCUCAGCACAAUAGUAUUCUCUGCGUUCUCGUGGCAAUUUUUUUCCCUCAAUAAGAGCUCUGUCAGACUGGAGAUGAGUCUGGUGGCUGAACACGGAGUGACGGUGGCAUUGCAGGAAGCCGCGGCAACCGUUAAGCACUACUUUUCACUCGAUCCGGCAGCGGUCUGGGUAUAGGAAAAAUCUUGCCAAAAAUCGAAUGGAAGUAGCGCUUCGACCAACCACAUGCCAGACCAAUAUCAGGAUAAUGUUUUGGUGAAUGCUUGAGUGAAGAUCUCGUGUGCUAUUUUUUGUGGCGACCAACAUCCACUAAGGGGUAAGAGUGCAUCACAGCCUCCAAAUAUUAUCCUGACUAAAAUAUAUUUCAUUUACUUGUUUAUUGGUUUAUUUUGUACUUAUUCUUUAGUUUACAAUUCACUUCAUAGAAAAGAGUUUUCAUGAACGCCCGUUUACAUCCUAAAGGCUGCUAUUUGAUUAAUCUAGCUGCGUUCAUGGCUACGCACGUGAUGCUUUCAAGUUCAUGGUGCAAUAUGAUCGUGAUCAAAGUGUCCCUCACUCACAUUUGAAAUGGUUGAAUUGUUAUCCUUCGCAACAGAGCUUUAGAUGAAUGACUCUGACCACAUAUAUUCUUAAUAUGCAACACAGAUGACAGACUUAUUAAUGCUGGAAUAACUCUGAAUAUUAAAUGGAAUGUUUUCAUACAAAAUAUGAAUUAUAUGCGCCUGGAUAAAUUGGUCUAUUGAGGAUCAUAUUGUCUGUUAACCAACAAAAUGAGACGCAUCGUCAAUUAAAUGUAAUGAUUUCGAGAGACCCACUGUAAGCAUAUAAUCAUAUUUAUAGACACCUUUUUUCAUGCAUUCAAUAUUUGUGCGCAGUUUUCUCAUAAAAGAUAACAUGGUGAUGAUGACAACACGUAAGGCGCCGUGUUGGCUAUGCUGACAAGAGAAGCAUAAAAUAAAAAAAUCACACAAUAUAAAUCUAUUAAUUCAUAGUCCAUACAAUCGAGGUGAAUUGGGAAAGAAAUCAAUGCACCUGUUCGGAAGCUUAGGAAGGAUUAUUAAUCCUUACAAAUCGCCUGUGUUAGGGCAAAAAAAGAAAGAAGAUAACACCUCUUCUAUGACCAGCAUUAGGGAAACAAUAACCACGUCAUCUCACACAAUCAACUCACGCUGUCAUCCUUCUCUUCUACACAUCCUCUCUUCCUUACAUGCUUGAAUCACUACAGCGAGCUCAGCAGAACAGAACUUGCUACCAGUAAGGCAUUAGACGUGCUUUUCGAUGGCGAAUCAGAGUGGUUGGCUGCAGGAUGGGGAAGAAAAUCAAUGUUUACGUGGGAAUGUUAAAGAUGAAGAAAAAAAUCUUUAUCCUUUGUCCUCCUGGCAAGUCUUCAACAAUACACCAUUCAUUAGUUUAGUAAAGGUACCAGUAACACUACGUAAGCUCCUCUCUCUCUCUCUCUCUCUCUCUCUCUCUCUCUCUCUCUCUCUGUAUCAUUUGCUUUGUCGAUUUUUUCUUUUAACCUAAGCCAGACAUUCAAGCAUGCACGACUUCAUGGCACAAAAGAAAACACACACACACACACACACACACACACACACACACACACACACACACACACACACACACACUGAUCGCCUUAUCUCGUGCUGUCGUGCGGAGGAGCCAAGGGUAAAGCGGAAAGCGUUCAUUCUUUUAUUUGGAAAUUUACCGUGACACCGAGAGUGGGGUGCGCCGUCUGUAUCUCUGCGGCGGGAGUGAGCGUAGCUCUGGCUCAGAGUGGCGUGAGUGAGUGCUGAGUGGCGCGGUGCUAUUCUUGUCCUUUCGCUGCUGGGUUUCCUUGCUUCCCGACGGUUACUUUCCAAUGGUUGUAUUGGUGAGUUGCGUGGAAGGUUUACAGAAGGUCGAAUCUGGAAAUUGUGUCGUGUCUCUUAAAUUCUGGAUGUAGUUUUAUGGUAUAUUUGGUGCUUUUAGAGUGAUGUUGUAUUGUACUCUUAUUACUGUUCUCUGUGACGCUGCUAUCGCGCAUGUGACGUCUUCAUUUUUCCUGUGAUAUUUCCCUUGUUUCUGAGACGUUUUUAUUGUCCCUGUGACGCUUUCAUUGCCCCUGUGAUGUGACGUCUUUAUUGUUUCUCUGAAGCUCUCACUUCCCCAUAACUCUCCCACUGUUCUUUUGACGUCCUCAUUGCCUUUUUGACAUCUUCGGUGCCCUUGUAAUGGCCUCAUUACCGCUGUGAGGGGUUAAUUUCUCCAGUGGUUCUUCCUCUGAUUAGCAUGACCCUUACUCUGCUUGGGUAUAUUUUCUCUCGUAACUAAAUUUUGCUUUCGUUUAUUCCAGGCGAGUUUCCUUGAAGGACUCGACCCUGAGACUGACGAGGUGUAUGACCUGAGCCUUGACCCUGUCCCUGACGACCCACGUGACCUCUCUAACCUCCUCCAAGCUGAGGGUGUUCUCCUCGAUCCGGACAGUGUCUACGAUGACCACUUCCACGACCUGACACUGCAAGACGACUUCCACGACUUCUGUGAUAGUCAUUCCAAAGACUUGCAAGAUUUUGACCUCCAUGGUAGUAGUGAAGACGAAAUGGACUUCCCACCCGAACUUCAUGUCCCUGUGGAGACCUUCAACCCUUUGACUUACCCUGACGCUGACUUCUUCGUGACCUACGACUUCCCCUGCAGAGACGACCCCCAGUCUCUCCCCAUGAUGCUGGUGGUAGAACCCCAGACACUCCCUCACCACAUGAUGCCGCACCUCACCUCCCUUCCUCCCCUCCAUCUCCCGCAGCCAGGCCACUCCUCACGGUCCCUCUCCCUACCGUGUCUCUCUGAUAGUCUCCCUCCGUCUCUGUCUCUCCCAAAUCUCCAGCAUCUUGACCUACGAAAUCAUCCUGUCCUUCAUCCCUCCUCUCCAAUCGCGUACUCAGAUGAUGACGUUUUCCUGAGUCAAGAGGAAGAGGAGGAGAUUGAAGAGGAAGGACGAGAGGAAGGUGAGCAGGAGGGAUUACCUUACAUUAAUUGUUUGCCCAUCCCACCUCCGCCUCUGCCUCUCUCACGCCCUCCUUCAAGCUUAGACACGAAUUGGCGUCUUGGUGAUGGAGAAGGCCAGUUUUUCCCUUCCUUCUCCCAGUAACACUUCGCCUCUCAAAGCGUAACAGUGAUAUUUCAAUCUCAUAUCACCUCCCAUUCCUCCUCCAACCCACUCAGCACCUCAGUAUCACUAGAAAUUUCAUCACAGUCCUAGUAACAUUCCACGCACUGCUACCUGUAUCCGAUGAUAUUCUGGUACCACUCAAGGACACACUAUAAUCCUGUAAAGUAACACUAGACGCUCAGCAACACUCAAGGCAGCACUGGAGUUCAAUACUGUCCGCUCAAACACACUCGCAAAAAAAAGCAUUUACUGUAGAUAUGUAAUGGGAAAAAAUUGAAAGAAAUGAAAAGAACACACAGCAAAACAAGAGAACGUACAUACCUACCUACUUCUUUUCUUCCACGGUCAGUGUAAUUUCAGUGAACAAUAGAAACUGUUUCCCUCUGAUUCUGUGUUUGUUAGUUGUCCGUGUCCUACCUACUCUCUGCUACUUGAAAGCCAACUCUUUUGUUAUAAUUUCUACUUUUUUAUUCGUGAUCUAUUCUCUUUUUUUUUUUUUUCCUUACUUUUUAUUACACUUUUUCCUUCUUAUUUUUCUGUCAAUAUUGGGGUAGUUGUUGAAGCAUGAUUAAGGAAAGAACACACACACACACACACACACACACACACACACACACACACACACACACACACACACACACACACACACACACACACACACACACACACACACACACACACACACACACACACACACACACACACUCUCUCUCUCUCUCUCUCUCUCUCUCUCUCUCUCUCUCUCUCUCUCUGAUGUACGUAAUCUAAUAUACUUGUGAAUCAAAAAGAAUCUCCAGGUAAUGUUAUCUGCUUAACUUUAUUCACGGUUAAUUACUCUUUGUUCCGGUGCUUGAAUCUCCAAACGAGUAUAAUUAAGUCUUUUUUCUAUGAAUUCAACACUGGGAGCGACAGAGGCCACCAGGGUAGCACUAUACAUCAAAUUGACACGUUUGCGUUCAACAAAUAGCGACGUGUUUUAUUGUUUUACUGCUACGUGUUGCAUGUAUCCCAAUGAGCGAAUGAUGGAGGGUAUUAUUAUUAUUAUUAUUAUCAUUAUUAAUAUUAUCAUUGUUAUUAUUAUUAUUAGGUUUACUAUUACACAUGUCAUCACUACUGGCAUUUAUUUGAAUGUAUUAUAAUAUCUGUGGAACGAUAUGUGUGUGUGUGUGUGUGUGUGUGUGUGUGUGUGUGUGUGUGUGUGUGUGUGUGUGUGUGUGUGUGUGUGUGUGUCCAGCCAGAGAGGCACGUCCUUGUUAUAAUUAUUGAGUGUGAAAUAUGUUAUCGCGUUUCAUUCACAAUAACCUUCCCUAACACUGUGUCACUCACCUGAGAGUCACGAGUCACGGAAUGGAACACGUUCACUCGUCUCGUCUCCGAUACGUUCCUGCUCACUGCAUUGGAUGGCAUUUAUAAUUAUAUCUCCAUUCGAAUUACCCUUACUAUGGACUUCCCGAGGCACUAGUAUACACUUAUGCAUACUCGGGUAGCCUUAGGUAAGCGGAGCACCUACGCAUGCAUGUCAUUAGUCGUGCGUGCGUGUCUUGUGCAGACUUUUCAGUCGCACACUCGGCGGAUUCACGACUGUGUACUGAGCGUGUCUAAAUAAAGAUGUUCGCAAAUUAAA